UUAAUUCCCACGCGGGCGCGUGUUGAACUUGGAUUCCUCCAGUACCAACAACCAAAUUCGGUUGCCCCUUUUCCUUCCUAGAACCAAACUUUUUUAAUUAGAAUGAGACCUGAAGUUGAGCAAGAAUUAGCUCAUACCUUAUUGCUUGAGCUUCUGGCUUACCAGUUUGCAUCUCCUGUACGAUGGAUUGAAACCCAAGAUGUUAUCCUCUCCCCUCCCGUUUCAGCAGAGCGUUUGGUCGAAAUUGGCCCUAGCCCUACUCUUUCAGGUAUGGCUAGACGUACUUUGAAGCUGAAGUAUGAGAAUAUGGAUGCUGCUUUGAGUAUCAAUCGUGAAGUCUUGUGUUAUGCAAAGGACGGUCGUGAAAUUUACUACAACUUCGAAGAUGAGAUGCCUGAUGAGCCUGCUCCUGCCAAGCCUGCCGAAGUUGGAGCCGUCCCAGCUGCUCCCUCUACUCCGGCUGCUGCUGCCUCUGCUCCGGCUCCGGCUCCGGCUCCGGCUCCAGCUCCUACUGCUGCUGCUUCAGGCCCAGCUGCCGAGCUACCUGAUGAACCCCCUAAAGCUGUAGAAAUUCUUCAUUCUCUCGUUGCUCAAAAACUCAAAAAGAACAUUGAAGAGAUUUCCUUGCAAAAGUCUAUUAAGGAUUUAGUUGGUGGUAAAUCUACCCUUCAAAACGAAAUCUUAGGUGAUUUACAAAAGGAGUUUGGUGCCACUCCUGAGAAACCUGAAGAAAUUCCUUUGGAUGAGCUUGCUGGUAUCUUACAAAUGACUUUUAGCGGUACCCUUGGAAAGCAAUCAAAUUCCUUGGUUUCUCGUAUGAUCUCUUCAAAAAUGCCUGGUGGUUUCAACAACUCCGCUGUUCGUGGUUACUUGAGCUCUCGCUUCGGUCUUGGCUCUGGUCGUAUCGAGUCUGUUCUUUUGCUAGGUUUGACCAUGGAACCUGCUUCUCGUCUACCAUCUGAAACAGAAGCUAAAGCUUGGCUUGACUCCGUGUCUCAAAAAUAUGCUUCUCGCGCUGGUGUUACUCUUUCUUCUCCCAGCGCCCAAAGUUCUUCCUCAGGUGGAUCAGCCGCUGUUGUCGACGAAGAAACUUUCAAGAAGCUUACCAAGGGCAAUACUAUGCUUGUUACCCAACAAUUAGAAUUAUUUGCUCGCUAUCUCAACAAAGAUUUGCGUGCUGGUGACAAAGCCAGUGUUGCUGAAAAGGCUGUUUCGGACGCUUUACGUGCUCAAUUGGAUCUUUGGAACAUUGAACAUGGUGAGUUUUAUGCAUCUGGUAUUGCUCCCAUCUUUUCCCCUUUGAAGGCUCGUGUUUAUGAUUCGGACUGGAACUGGGCUCGCCAAGAUGCUCUUAAAAUGUUUUUCGAUAUCAUUUUUGGUCGUCUUAAACAUGUUGAUACCGAAAUUGUCGCUCGUUGUAUUUCUAUUAUGAAUCGUUCUAAUCCUCUUUUACUUGAAUUCAUGCAAUAUCAUAUCGAUCAUUGCCCUUCUGAAAAAGGCGAAACUUAUCAACUUGCCAAGACUUUGGGACAACAACUCAUCGAUAAUUGCAAAGGUGUACUUGAUGCUCCACCUGUGUUCAAGAACGUUAAUCAUCCUACGGCUCCUUCAACUACUAUUGAUGAGCGUGGUAACUUGAACUAUGAAGAAAUACCUAGAACCGGUGUCCGUAAGCUCACCCACUAUGUUACUGAGAUGGCCAAGGGUGGGAAAUUACCAGCUGAGUCUAAGAACAAGGCUAAGGUUCAAAACGACUUGGCUCACAUUUACCGCAUCAUGAAGGCCCAAAACAAGAUGUCUCGUUCUUCCAAGUUGCAGGUUAAGCAACUUUAUGGACAGGUUCUUCAUGCACUUAACCUUCCUUUACCUUCGACUGAUGAAUCUGCUCCCGUUAAAGAAACCAUUCCUUUCUUGCAUCUUAAGAGAAAAUCUAAUGAUGCCUUCGAGUUUAGUAAGAGCUUAACAAGCGCUUACUUGGAUGUCUUGGAGAAUGGUGCCAGAAAUGGUAUCACUUACCAAGGAAAAUAUGCUCUUGUCACCGGAGCCGGUGCUGGUUCUAUUGGUGCUCAACUCGUUGAAGGCCUUAUUGCAGGUGGUGCUAAGGUUGUUGUUACUACUUCUCGUUUCUCUCGUAAGGUCACUGAAUUUUAUCAAUCCAUGUUCACUCGCCAUGGUAGUCGCGGUUCUGCUUUAAUUGUUGUUCCCUUCAAUCAAGCAUCAAAACAGGAUGUGGAAGCACUUGUCGAUUAUAUUUACGAUGAAAAGAAUGGUCUUGGAUGGAACUUGGAUUUCAUUGUUCCUUUUGCUGCUGUCCCCGAAAAUGGACGCGAAAUUGAUAACGUUGACUCUCGUUCUGAAUUUGCUCAUCGCAUCAUGCUUACCAAUAUCCUUAGAUUACUAGGUGCUGUUAAACAACAAAAGGAAGCUCGUGGUAUGGACACUCGUCCUGCCCAAGCUAUUCUUCCUCUUUCUCCUAAUCAUGGUACAUUUGGUAAUGACGGUCUUUAUUCAGAAUCUAAGCUUGGUUUGGAAACUCUAUUCAACCGUUGGCACUCUGAGUCUUGGGCUAACUAUUUGACCAUUUGCGGUGCAGUCAUUGGCUGGACUCGUGGUACUGGCUUGAUGGCUCCCAACAACAUUGUCUCUCAAGGCAUUGAGAAGUAUGGCGUUCGUACAUUCUCUCAAACUGAAAUGGCUUUCAACAUUUUAGGUUUAAUGUCUCAAAAGAUUGUCGAUCUUUGUCAAACCGAGCCUGUUUAUGCCAACCUUAACGGUGGUCUUGAGCUCCUCCCUGAUCUCAAGGACCUUAGUACUCGUCUCCGUGCUGAACUUCUGGAAACUGCUGAAGUUCGCCGUGCUGUCGCUGCUGAGGCUUCUUUCGAUCAUAAAAUCACUAAUGGUCCUGGUUCUGACAGAAUAUAUAGAAAAACCACUGUUCAGCCCAGAGCUAACCUCAAGUUUGAAUUUCCCAAGCUCAAGCCUUACGAGGCUCUUUCUCAUCUCUCUCAUCUUCGUAAUAUGGUUGACCUAGAAAACGUUGCCGUUGUUACUGGCUUUUCUGAGGUUGGUCCAUGGGGUAAUUCUCGUACUAGAUGGGAUAUGGAGUGCUAUGGUGAAUUCUCUUUAGAAGGUUGUAUUGAGAUCGCAUGGAUUAUGGGUCUUAUCAAGAACUUCAAUGGGGUUGGCAAGAACGGUAAACCUUAUUCCGGCUGGAUUGAUACCAAGACUGGCGAACCUGUCGAUGAUAAAGAUGUUAAGAGCAAAUACGAAAAGUACAUCUUAGAGCAUUGUGGUAUCCGUAUUAUUGAGUCUGAACUCUUUAACGGAUACAAUCCUGAUAAGAAGGAAUUGCUUCAGGAAGUUGUUAUUGAUCAUGACCUUGAACCAUUUGAGGCGUCUAAGGAAGCUGCUCAUGAGUUUAAGCUUCGUCAUGGUGAUAACGUUGAAAUAUUUGAAUUACCCGAUUCGGCUGAAUGGUCCGUUCGUUUCAAGCGUGGUACAACCAUGCUGGUUCCUAAAGCUCUUCGCUUUGACAGAUUCGUUGCAGGUCAAAUUCCAUUGGGUUGGGAUCCUAAACGCUAUGGUAUCCCUGACGAUAUCAUCUCUCAAGUUGACCCUACCACUUUAUACGUUUUAGUUUCUACUGUUGAGGCUCUUAUUGCUUCUGGUAUUACCGAUCCUUAUGAAUGUUACAAGUAUAUUCAUGUUUCCGAACUUGGUAAUACGAUUGGAUCUGGUAUUGGUGGUAUGUCUGCGUUACGCGGAAUGUACAAAGAUCGCUGGACGGAUAAGCCUGUUCAAAAGGACAUUUUGCAAGAGUCUUUCAUUAACACUGCUAACGCUUGGAUUAACAUGCUUCUUCUUUCUGCUUCUGGCCCUAUCAAGACGCCAGUCGGUGCCUGUGCCACUGCCGUCGAAUCCGUUGAUGCAGCUGUUGAUUUGAUUAGUUCUGGUAAGGCUCGUAUCUGUAUUAGUGGUGGUUUCGAUGAUUUCUCCGAAGAAGGAUCCUAUGAAUUUGCUAAUAUGGGUGCAACUGUCAACUCUGCCGAAGAAACUAAGCGUGGACGUACUCCUCAAGAAAUGUCUAGACCUGCUACGACUACCCGUAAUGGUUUCAUAGAAUCUCAGGGUGCUGGUAUCCAGGUUAUCAUGCAAGGCAAGCUCGCUAUCGAAAUGGGUGUUCCUAUUCACGGUAUUGUUGGGCUUGUUAACACUGCAAUGGAUAAGCAAGGUCGCUCAAUUCCCGCUCCUGGUAAGGGUAUCUUGACUGGUGCUCGUGAGAUUUCUUCUAAGGUUUCUUUGCCUCUCCUUGACAUCAAAUUCCGUGCUCGUCAACUUCAACGUCGUCGUCAACAGAUUGGUGAAUGGGCUGAGCGUGAGUAUCUUUACUUAGAUGAAGAACUUGAAGCCAUGAAGGUUCAAGAUCCCGAAUUGGAAAUUAACGCCUAUCGUACUGAGCGCAUAAACGUUGUCAAGGAAGAAGUUGCUCGUCAAGAGAAGGAAGCCUUGAAUACAUUCGGUAAUGAAUUUUACAAGCGUGACCCUUCUAUUGCUCCUCUUCGUGGUGCUUUGGCCGUUUGGGGUCUUACGACUGAUGAUUUGGGAGUUGCUUCAUUCCACGGUACCUCUACUGUUGCCAAUGAAAAGAAUGAAUGUGAUGUUAUAAACAGUCAAUUAACCCACCUUGGACGCUCGAAGGGUAACGCAGUUUAUGGUGUUUUCCAAAAAUACCUUACUGGCCAUAGCAAGGGUGGUGCUGGUGCUUGGAUGCUUAACGGUGUUUUGCAGAUUCUUAACUCUGGUUAUGUUCCUGGUAACCGUAAUGCUGAUAAUGUUGACCAGUACUUGUCUAAAUUUGACCGUAUCAUGUUCCCAAGUGAAGGUAUCCAAACGGAUGGUAUUAAGGCUGCUUCCGUUUGCGCUUUCGGUUUCGGACAAGUCGGUGGUCAGGUCAUUGCUAUUCACCCUGAUUAUCUUCUUGCUACUUUGGACAAAUCAGCUUAUGAGACUUACAGAGCUAAGACUUUGGACCGCUAUAAGGCUUCCUAUCGCUACACUCACGAUGCUUUGGUUUAUAAUAACCUUGUUCGUGCGAAGACUGCUCCUCCUUACACCGCUGAUCAAGAGCAUGAUGUUUAUCUUAACCCUCUUGCCCGCGUUGUUAAAGGUAAGGAUGGCUCCUAUACUUUCCCUACUUCGCUUCCGGUUGAAGCUGAAAUUUCGAAGUCCAAUGAAACUACUAAGGCUAUUGAAACUUUAGCUAGCAACAUGACGAAAUCAAAUCAGAAUGUUGGUGUUGACGUGGAGCUCAUUUCUUCGAUAAAUGUGGAUAACGAAACCUUCCUUGAAAGAAACUUCACUGAUGAUGAGCGCUCUUACUGUGAGGCUGCUGCUAACCCUCAAUCCAGCUUCGCUGGUCGUUGGUCGGCUAAAGAGGCAGUUUUCAAGUCUCUCGGCGUUGUCAGCAAGGGUGCAGGUUCUCCAUUGAAGGAAAUUGAAAUUACUGUCUCCUCAUCUGGAGCUCCUGAAGUUGUUUUGCAUGGAGAAGCCGCUUCUGCUGCUUCUGCUGCUGGUAUCAAGAGUGUUUCUGUCAGCAUUUCUCAUGACGAUGUUCAGAGCGUAAGUGUGGCCAUUGCUCAAAAGUAAUCAACAUAUGAAUAUAUACCUUGCGUAUCAUUUGUUUAUAUACCCUGUCUAUUUUGACUCUGGAAACUUUCUUUUUGUCAUUAUAAAUCUAAUUUAGAAGCAAAUACCGUUAUUUACUCAAUUUAAUAUAAUACCCGUAUACAUAUUAUUUUAGCAUACUGUACUAGCAAACAAUGGUGUAUAUUAAUUUUAAUAUAAUGAAUUAACC